CUACGAUCGGCUCAGUUUCGCGCCACGCUCACGCUUGAGAGAGAGAGAGAGAGAGAGAGAGAGGGAGGGAGAAGAGAUGAGGGACCAGAAGACGCCAUUGAAGGAGAGCUCGCGCUCCCCGGCUCUCAAUCGCAAAUCGAACUCCGGCGAAACUCCGGCGAAGAAACCUGCACAGUUGCUGAAGAAGACCUCGACCGCCGAAGGAACGUCGAAGAAAUCGAUCGAUCUGUCCUCCGUCUCCGAGAUUUCAGACAUUCAUCGCGAUGAUGAGACCGCCGAGAUCGUCAUGCAAGCAUUUGACCCUUCACCUUCUGUGGGAUCUGUUUCGCCUGAUCUCAGCUUCUCGUCGGAGAUCACAGGUGAUGAUGGGAGUUUUCUGUUGGAUACCUGUGAUUCCAGUAAGCCAGGCAAUUCCAAGAUUGGUUUUCUUGAUGCAAAAUUUUCAGCCAAUCUUCUCACAGCAGCUCGAGCACGGGUCUUAAAGUCGCUCAAUGUGAACCGUCAGUCGGUGAAGCUUUUAGAAAGAGCAAUGAAUCAAGUGGAUGGGCUUCAUAAUCCACCUGGAAAGAGAACUUGCUCGGGCGAACUCGCUUCCUUCAAUAUCCACCUUUACCUUUUUAUACUUCUCAUAUGGAUACUUGCAAUGUCAGCGUUUUUCUUCUACAAUGCUGAAUCUCAAAGCAUGUCUUUUGGCCCUUCGCCCACUUAAGGUGUAAGUUUCCAUGCUUAUUGUGCUAUGAUGGCGAAAACUGUAGGGUUGAUCCCAUUGCUGCUCUUCUGUAAAGAUGAUCCAAACAUUUGUUUGAUA